UGAAAAAUGGGAUUUUUAUGCUUUAAAUGCUCGCUAUAGGUACAAAUGCUGUGAUUAUGUUAAGCACAAAGGCAUUCUGUUCCUAGUGGUACAAAUAAAAUAAGCAGUGCGAUCGGUAUUCAGUGAUGAUGGCCUCGUCUUUGCACCACGGAAACAUGGAUCACCUAGAGCACCAGGACGAGCAUGAGCUCCAGAUGAACCUUUCGAAAGAACUGCUUCGCAGCGGGAUCGCAUCCGUUGAAAGUAGUGCGAUCCAGUUUAUAGCAUCAGCGCCCGUCGGCAACCACACGCGGGAGCAGGAAUACAUCGAAUCGAGUCUUCUCGGGACUGACCUCCUGUCCAGCCACCUUCCGACGCAUACGCUGAACGAUUAUAUCACCUCCGUACCCUGCAGCAGCACUAGCAGUCUAAACAGUUUACAGCCCACCAUGCUGGAGCACCACUACCGUACGUUUCUAUCGGAUGACCUACAAUCAUUGGUCGAAGUGAGCGGAAUCCAACCGUCCUCCGAUCCAGCGGAUAGAAAAUUGUUCCAACAAUAUGGCAACAAGUCUUCGACCAACACGUUGGGAUCAAGUAAUGAGACGGCAGUGAUUGUAACCGGAUCAAAGGAAAUACCUUCCUUCGGGACAAUCACGACGUACGAUAAAUUGUUAAAUAUGGCGCAACCACCUUCUCCCAUCCCUGGCGGACUAGUACAAAUAAGUGGUGCAAUUGAUGGCUAUGUACAUUUCGCUCCUCCGGCGUGCGAGACGUACGACAUGAUAGGGAGCUCUAUUACUACCAGCCACCAUCAUCAGGAACAGCACGAUAUACACAAUCCUUAUGGCCUUCAUCAUCUACAUCAUCACACUCAGCAUCAUCAUCACCAACAACAGCAACAGCAUACCCAGAAUGCCAAGGAGCUUCCAGUUAUGGUAAACACUUCUAUAGCUUUAGGUCCAACAUUCAUUCCCUGCAGUCAAAGCUCGCUACAGCCAUCAGAUGCUAACACAAUGAAGCUGCUAAGCAAUACAAUCAUUCCUGUCACAACGAUGGCUGAACCGACUCAUAUACAUGACGGCACAACACUGACGAUAUCUCCAUUGCGGAGUCAACCGGAACACAGUAAAAGUUACUACUCCAGCCCGCAUCUUACAUCAUUUCUGACCAAUAACAAAGAACGUUCCAAUGUGACGCUUGUCGACGCAACAGUACUCAAUGAUAUCGGAUCUGAAGUGAGUGAUGCUGAAGCUCGAAUAGAAGAAGCUGAUACCGAUUGCUUAACAUCGAUGGACAUCGCGUCUCAAACGAUGCCCCUAGCACCACAAGAAAGCAUUAAUCUGCCUCAUAAAAAACGGUUGUCUAAAAAACUCGGCGAUACUAAGGAAGCGUCGAGUAGUGGCGAAUCUAUUCAACCCACCAGUGUCUCAAACGAAACGAGAGUCACCGUGAUUGCGAGUGAGUCAACGGUAAUGUCCGAUGAUGCGUCUCAGCAGCCUUCUAUUCUGCAAUCCGGCAGGAUCCAACCUGAUGACACGACGAAAUCGAAUGAAUCGCUACCACGACAAGAACCUGCAACCAUCGUUUGCUUUUCCUGUCAACUGUGCGGACAAUUGUUUCAAGAUCAGUUACUGUUUUUCACGCAUCUAAAAACACAUUACGAACCGGAGAUCGUCGGUCCCAAGAAGGAUACUGCCGCGGGGAAGGGAAUUACAGUGAAUAGCUCAAACGAUCUGGCCGAGAGCAUUGAUGCAUCGCAAUUGGAGGGCAAAAAACCUAAACCGAAGUUGCCUCGUGUUAAGCACACGAAAAUGCUGAAAACUGAUCGUAUGUUCAAAGACUCCACUGCAGGUGUUCCAACGCAGCAGAACUGCGAAGGUGAGAACAGUGUUACAUCGAGCCAGAUACAGACGAAACCAGUUUUAAGUUGUACGCAAAGUGCUUCCAUCAAUAGUAAUGGUAUCGAGCUAGAUUCUGGUGAGUUUAGCGAUACUGAGGAUAUGCUCGAAGGCAUACGGAAUGUUGUACAGCAAACGGUCGAUAAGGAUCCAACUGAAGAAUCAUGCUUUAAUAUAGAGCCGAAACAAUGGUUUACUUCUUCGGUCACGGAGAAUUCUGAGGGUAUUGGCGAAAAGGAAAAAAUGCUCGUUCCAAGUACGGUUGAAGGAACGGCCACGUUGCAAAGUCGUAAUGCCAGUACAAAUCAAAGUGCGAGCGCUUCUUCGUUCGACAUGCUUUUCAACAAAUCACAACUAAACAAAGGUGGACUCGUAGAGACUCUGGAAACAACGGACUAUCAGUCAUUGCAAACGACGCCUGUGGUCGAACUACAACAAUCGAACAAAUGCGAUCUCCAAUUGGAGCCAAUUGGAACCAAAUGGCUUAUGGAUAACGGGGUCAAGACAGUGGCUACGGAUUCCCCAGCAUUGUUAGCAUAUACUCAGAGCCUUAUGCCAUCGAUGGAGCAGAUAACCGAAUCGUUUUCUAAAAUUCAGGAAGUGGUGUCGAAUCACACCGAUCCAUCUCAAGUUGCUUCCAUCCGUUGCAUCCCUUUGCCACAUUUAAGGAACUCGGUAGAAAGUCAAGACGAAGGCAGUGCUCAAUCCAUGUAUACGAGUGCCACACCUGCCGCAGAUGGCGAAGAGGAACAAACUGCAAUUUCGAUGGAUGCUCCUCUAGACGACGCUAUGGAAGAGGAUGGUUAUGAAGAUGGUGAAUGCGACAGUGAAGAAUUGGAUAAUCUAUCAGCCACUGAACCCGAACCAGUGCUUGACCAGACUGAAGAUAAUGUAAAACUAUCGAAUAAGAGAAACACAAAAGGGAAACGGAAAAGCCGUAAAGUACAACCGGGUGGCAAGAGUGACACUACUGGCAACAACCAGUCGAAAUCGACCAAAUAUCUCUGCCAAGUGGAUGGAUGCGGACGACAGUUCAACUCUAACACGGCUUUCCAGUAUCACCGUUUACAGCACACUGGCGAGCGGCCUUAUAAAUGUGCUGUUUGUGGAAAAUGUUUCAUCACCUGUAGCGCUCUGAAGGUUCACGAACGGUUGCAUUCUGGGGAAAAGCCAUACAAAUGCGAUCAAUGUGGCCAUUGCUUCCGGCAGUGGGGUGACUUGAAGUAUCACAAAAUUUCGAUCCACUCGAACGAGAAAAGCCACAAGUGUGAAUUCUGUGGGAAACAGUUUGCUCGCCGUUAUUCCCUUUCCCUGCAUCGGCGGAUUCAUACGAACGAGAAAAACUUCAUCUGCGAGUACUGCAAUAAAGCGUUUCGGGCGAGCACGUACCUGCAGACGCAUCGGAGAAUACAUACGGGCGAAAAGCCACACCAAUGUACGAUAUGUAAUAAGAAAUUCCGCUGCCACGGUGACAUUAAUAGGCAUUUAAAAACACACGAGCGCACCAAGGAUAAAGGCAAACAGCAAGCACAACCGAUCGCUGAUACGGAUGGUGCACCGAAAGUGUCUCAAACACAGAAGCGUUCAAAUGUAAUUGAUUUGACUAAAUCAAAACCGAAAAGAGCUAAGAAGACGGCGGCGAAAGCCACCGCACUCGAGUAAAAGGACCCCGAAUUAGGACAGAACGUAUGAACAAAUGAGAAUAAAUUUUAAAUUUAAUUAUAAUACAACAUGCAGGUCCAUUUCCCAUUUUUAU